UUUUAUGAAUUCUUCCGGGUCGCCAGAUAGGGCCACGCCCAGCCUCAAUCCUGUCGGCCCCCCAAUUGGAGCGCACUUCCCGAAAGGCGCAGGCCUGAACGGUUGUAGUUGCUUGGGCGGGAGGGGGUGGACCUCUAAAUCUCGCGCAGGCGCAUUAGGUCCUGAUUGCCAUGCGGGUGCUUGUGGGUGGCGGAACGGGCUUCAUUGGGACAGCCCUAACCCAGUUCCUGAAAGCCAGAGGCCACGAAGUGACGUUGGUCUCCAGAAAGCCCGGACCAAGUCGGAUCACGAUGAGCUCGCUACCUUGGGGCUGCCCCGCUGCGAUGCCGUCGUCAACCUGGCGGGAGAGAACAUCCUCAACCCUCUCCGAAGGUGGAAUGAAACCUUCCAAAAAGAGGUUGUCAGCAGCCGUUUGGAGACCACCCGCAUGCUGGCUAGAGCCAUCACGGAGGCCCCACAACCCCGCCCCCAGGCCUGGGUGUUAGUCACAGGCGUAGGUUACUACCAGCCCAGCCUGACUGCUGAGUAUGACGAGGACAGCCCAGGAGGGGAUUUCGACUUUUUCGCCAACCUCGUAACCAAAUGGGAAGCUGCAGCCAAGCUUCCUGGAGAUUCUACACGCCAGGUGGUGGUACGCUCUGGGAUUGUGCUGGGCCGUGGGGGCGGUGCCAUUGGUCACAUGCUGCUGCCCUUCCGCCUGGGCCUGGGGGGCCCCAUCGGCUCAGGCCACCAAUUCUUACCCUGGAUUCACAUCCGGGACCUGGUGGGAAUCUUGGCCCAUGCCCUUGAAGCAAGCCACGUGCAGGGGAUCCUGAAUGGAGUGGCUCCAGCCUCCACCCCUACAAAUGCUGAGUUUGCUAAAGCCUUGGGUGCAGCCCUGGGCCGCCCAGCCUUCAUCCCUCUACCCAGCACCAUUGUGCAAGCUGUCUUUGGGCAAGAACGUGCCAUCAUGCUGCUGGAGGGCCAGAAAGUGGUCCCACGACGGACAUUGGCUGCUGGCUACCAGUAUUCCUUCCCAGAGCUGGGGGCUGCCUUGAAGGAAGUCAUAGCCUAAGUGGGGAGGGUCAUGGCAGGGCCAAGGCCUGUCCCUCAUCAGAGGCUUCCCAGUUAGACUGAAUAGGCUCAGGUACUCCUCCACUUGAGACAUAAAACUGUCUGGUUCUUAGGGAUUCCUCUCCCUAUCCUUUCUCAUCGUUCUGUUGUUCCGCCUUAUUUAACUGACUGUCUCAUUUAAACAUUGCCGUCUCAUCAAGUUUGACCCUUAACCUAUUCAAGUCCUUAUAAAAGAAUUUGCAAGUUCAGUUCCCCUACAUGUCCCGUUUCUGUCUCCUUUCUCCUUUUUCCUGUGUAGUAGUUGCUCUAAAUUAGGCAAUAAAUUAUCUCAAUAGCUUCAACUCA